AUGAAGUUUAUAAAAGGAAAGCGAUCGCAGAAUGGUCAAGAUCGUGGAGGGCGUACCAAAUCACUGCAAUCUGGUCCUCAUAAUCGUUUACGUUUAUCUACAGCCAAUAGAGCUGCAAAAGUGACCAAAAAUGUAAAAGAUGCCCGUAUUAGACUUUUACAAAAAGCUUUAGAAGAACCUAAUGUAGUGGUAGAUGCCAGACAAAAACUGACAAAACAGAAAGAUGCUCGUAAAAAAAUCCAAGAACGGCGAUUACAAUCAUCCUCUUAUGAUGGUACGCAUAGUAUGGGAACUUCAAGAGGAUUUUCCAAUAACUUUGGUCAUGUAAAAAUUAACCGUCAUGGUAUUCUUACCGUUAAGACUAUUUUAGAUAAAGGAGCCUCUUCACAUCAUUCAAGUGUUCGUGACCGACGACCUACUAUAAAUCAAGGACGUUUUGAUGGUGUAGAAAAAAGACGUAAUAGUAUUACAUUCAAUUCUGAGCUGAAUACAUUUAGAAGUUACAGACCAAUUGAAGAAAUAAGACCAAUGAGACGUGAUAUGCAAAUCUCAAGACGUUCAAUAUCAAAUGCUCAGUCUAUGAGACAACAUUUUGAGAGUUCUACUAGACCUUCAAGAAUAAAUCAAAAACCAUAUAAUAGGCCUAUGACAAUGGAUUGGAAAGAAACCAGUAGAUACUCUUCGACCCCAGUAAUGAGAAGACGGAACAUAGGAGGAAAUGCAAUGUUCAAUCGUGAUGGAUAUGAAGAUGAUUUAUUAGACAGAAACUCAAGGAAUCAUAGAGGAUUAAUAAGUGAAACAUUACGUUCAAGAUUAGAUUCUCGUCAAAUAGUUAUGGCUAAGCGUUCAUAUCACUCUGGCCAUAAAAUUGUUAUUUCUAAUUUAGAACCAUCUGUUACAUCUGAAGAUAUAAUAGAACUUUUUUCUGAUAUUGGUAAAUUAUUAGAGUCUAGAGUAGUUCAACCAGGUGUUGCAGAAGUGAUAUAUGAACGUCGUGCAGAUGCUAUUCAAGCAGUUGAUGUAUAUCACAACAGGAAGCUUGAUGGCAGGCCUAUGAAGUGUGAUAUGGUAAGAAAUGUUGUAUAA